AUGUAUUUAGAUUUAGAAACUUAAGAGUGUCAUCUAGAAUGCCCAGAAACUCUAAUUUCAAUAUAAACUGCUGAGCUUGAAUAGUACAAUGGCUAAGUUUUUAAUUAUUGCAGAGAUCCAACUUAGUAUUAUGUUGAUAAUUUGUCUAAGGAAUCAAUCGAAUUAGGAACUCAAAAAUAUCCAUUUAAGUAAAUUGAUGAUCCAUUCAGAGAAAUAUUUAAUAAUGCUUAUUAAUAAGAAUACAAUAUUACAAUUAAUGUCAAAACUAAUAGUCCUCUUUACAUAUUUGCUUCAAACAUGCCUUUGGUUAUGCUGAAUUAAAAUUUUACGAUUACGACCUAUUAAGGUAAUAAUCCGAUGGAUUGGGAGGAAAUAAUGGAAAAAACAAAAAUAGAUAAUGAUGGAUAAAUGCCUGCAAACUUCUUUAUUUAAAUCGAAGAAUCAAUUCCAAUACCAUACAAUUAUGAGAAGAUGAACUCAUUAGGUUUAAUGAGUGAUAAUGAGGUGGUGAAUGUAAAAGAUAUGUUCUAUGUUUUGAAUUCAACUUUACUUUUAUCAAAUCUAGCUUUUGGAGAUGCAAUCACAUUAUCCAACGAUGGCUUUGAAAAAGCACUUAUAUAUAAUCCUAAUAGUUAAAAAUGGGUAAAUGUGACAAAUUGUUAUUUUGGAAUAAAAGAAAGAUUCAUGUUUACUCUUACUGGCUUUAAUUUCCAUGUACGUGAUAGUUACUUCGAUCAAACUUAUCUCGUGACUACAUACUUAACAAGUUACAGUUUAAAUUGCUCCAAUAUUGAAGAAACAUAUGAAUAGAGUUUAAUCUAGAUUUUUGAGAACAACACUUUUUUUGGAUUCAAUAACAAUCAAUAAACAAACUUAUACUUCGAUAAUGUCUUUGGCUAUGUUCAUAUUAUUAACAACAAGUUUUAUGGAAAUCAAAUAAGUUCUUCUUCUAGUCCUAUAUACUUUUAUUAUUCUGAUGCCUGCGAAAAAGAUCAUGCUGAGAAAAGAAUCUUGUUCAAAGAUAACAUCAUUGAUUAUGGCUCGCUGCCAUAUUAUGAGAAUAACUUGAUCUAGAUAGAGUACAUUAAGUCAGGUUAUGCUAAUCUUACAGUUGAAAUAACGGGUAACAUUUUCCAAAAUACGAUAUAUGGUGUAUAUGGCUGGUCUUAUAUUGAUCUAAAAGAUAGAACAGAUAAAAUGAAGGUUAUCAUAACAAAUAAUACCUUUAAGAAUGUUACUAAUCAUCGACCUAUACAUAGAGGACUCAAAACUAUCUACUGGAAUAUUGAUUGA